UUUCUUAAGUUCGACACUAAAAUGCUUUGAUAAAACUUACUAUUUAGCAUCAAUAAAUCCCGUUUUCGACGGGCUUUCAUCUGGUAUAAAAUUCAUUACUUACCCUAUUCGCAAUUAUAGCGUUACCACCAUAGAAAAACAUUUUUACGCACCUUGUACAUCGACUGGUGUUUAACCAAUACUGCUCUGUUUACAGUUGCUUGAUAAACGUCAAGAACUGCUGAAUUUUUUCUCAUGCAACAAAUAAGUGUGGCCUACGUUAGUUUCUUAAAAAUGUUGCAAAUCUACACUUAUUACUUGAAAAUGAUUCAAAAAUGUCUGCUACUUAUUGUUUAUCUGUUUGUGUUUUUCUAGUUGACAUUCGUACUGAUGAUGAUUGUGUCAAUUUAAAUGUUACAUCAAAACUUAAUCCAUUGCUCAGCUUCCAUCCAUCACUUCGUGACUCAUGUACAGUCGAAAUUCGUUCACCGUUUAGUAAACAGAAACAUUUGGGAUAUGGAACGUUUCUUCGUCCAUCUAUGGAUUGUGGUUCAUCGGUACAAAUCAAAUGUUUGGAUAAACUCAAUAUAUCGGCAUCUCUCUAUACGUGUCACACAUCGCAGAGUAACCAAAUAUUUCCUUGUGAAAGACUACAAGUCAUAUUUAAUCGAAAUAAUGAGCAUAAUGAUAAUACGAAAAAGACAGCAAAAGUACAAGUUGUGGUAUUAGCUAAAGCGCCAUGUAAUGAUAAAGACGUUUAUUUUCAAUGUCCAAAUGAUUAUCCAAACGCAUGUUUACAUCGUUCACUCAAAUGUGACAAAACGGUUCAAUGUCCAAGUGGAGAUGAUGAAAGAACAUGUGGACCUCGUCAUUCACCUGGCGUUUCAUUUGUCGUUAUCAUUUUGGGUAUAUUAGCUGUUGUAUUCAUCAUGUGUACAACGUCAAUCGAGGGCGAUAUUCCUGAAGAUGUUGGUUUAAUGAAAGGUGAUAGUGUUAUUGUUGAUAUUGUUCAACCAGUUCAAACACCACCUCAAUAUCCUCAACCUGUUUUGUUUCCUGUUCAUCCUGUAGAACCUGUCGUUGGUGUUCAUCAUAUCGAUUCGACAAAACCUGUUUAUCCGAAAUUAGAAUGA